AUGACGCAAAUCAUUGGUAGUCGUAGUCUUCGUCGUAAACGAAGUAAUGCUAAAACAACAACAUCAAAAAAUAAAAAAAUAAAAACAAUAUCAUCAACUCCAUUAAUUAUGGAUGAUGCAGAUAAAAGUGGUUUAAUUGAUUAUAUUGAUUAUAGUCUUGAAGGAAAUUCUUUUCUUCGUGGUAUUGAUGUACUUCAUCAUCCAUCCGCAACUAUUUUAGCUGAAUUAUUAAAUGAUCAACAGGCAAAUUAUUUUUCAAAUUUAGAUCAAAAUAAUCCAAAUGAUUUAGAACAAAGAUUAUCUACUUAUACAAAAACAUUAGUAAAAAGAUUAAAAAAUGAAGCUUGGUGUUUAGGUUAUCAUUUUAUUGAAAAAUGUUCCACUAGUGAAAAGAAACGUAUAUUUAAAAUUGUACCACCAAAUGAAAUUUAUCUUGAUGAUGAUCAUCAAUGUGCUAUUGAUCUUCAACCAUUCUUACCACCUAAUGAACCAGAAUUAACAAAAUUAUAUGAAAAAUUUGGUGCUUUGUGGUUAUCAGAAUGUGUAAAAAGAACAUUAGUACAUAAAGGAAACAUUGCUGUAUCAGAUCGAGGUAAUAAAUUACGUGAUUUAAUUCAAUAUCGUCUUGAUAUGUUAUUUGUUAAUAAUCGAGGUGAAAAAAUGGAAAAUCUUGAUGAAAAACAUGUUGAAAUGUUACGAACAAAUUUAUCUGCUUACGAAGUUGAUAGUAUUCAAUGUCAAUUAACAUUUCAAAAAAAGACAAUUACAUUUGACUCAAACAAUAGUAGUUCAUGUGCACUUGAAUAUGAUAAAAACAAAGUUGUAUUAUAUGUUCAAAAACAUAUACGUGCAUUUGAUUAUAUUGAUAUUGCAAGUGAAUUAGCUAGAUUUGUAUUUAAAAAACCAUUUGAUACAGUUGCUCAUACAAUAGGUGAUAAACUUGCAUCACCAUUACAAACACUUAAACGUCGUGGUAUACCUAUUGAUCGUUUACUUCGACACAAAAAACAAUAUAUACAUUCAACUAUUCAAAUGAUUGAGCAAAAACCUAUAUUAAAUCAUAAUAAUAAUCAUUAUUAUCAUGAAACUGAUGUUAAAAUAAAUGGUCAUGUAAAAGAUUUUAGUCGUCAACAAAUAAAAAAUGAUACUAAAUUAUUUUCAAUGUUAAACAUAGGUCGAGCAUAUACACAAACAAAAUUUAUUCAACAAGAAUAUGUUAACAAUGAAAUUGCUCAUUCAUGUGAAAUUGUACCAUCAGUUAAUAUGACACGUUAUAAAGAUUUAUUUUAUUCAAUACCAUUAUAUAUUGAAUUAAAUGUUCUUAUUACAAAUAAAAUGCUUGAUCAAGCUACGCAAUUAGCUUGGAUUUUAAGAGGACUUGCCAGUCAUGUAUUUAAAAUAUCUAUUGAAACAUUACGUCUUUAUCGAGAUAUUGAUGGAGCUCGUAUUGCAUUUAAUAACUGUCAUGUAUUAUUUUUUAAUCUUCGUUAUUAUGAACAAGUUUUUGCUGAUGAAGUUCAACCAUAUUUACAAGCAACAUCAUCAUCUAUACCAAUAAUACAUCGAAUUGUUAAUUUUUAUUUUAUAUUGACAUGUCAUGAACUUGCACAUAAUUUUGAAGCAGUACAUAAUUCUAAGUUUAUUCAUCAUUUGGAAACAACUGCAGUUAAAUUUAUGCCAGAAAAAGAUUUAUUCUUACAGAAAUUUUCAUUUCAAAAUUAUUUACAACAUAAUUUUGUUUGA